AUGAAGUUCUGCACCGUCAUCACUGUCGCCGCCCUCCUAGGCACCUCGGCCUACGCCGCCUCUCUGGACGCAUCCAGGAGCGCCCUCUCGCCCUCGGCGGCCGACGAGGCCGAUUCGUUUGCCUCUGACCUGCUCGUCACGUCUCGGUUCGAGGACCUCGAGGCGCGCGGCGGCAAGCACCACAAGCCCAAGAAGAUGCAGGGCGGAAAGAUUACCUGGUACAACGGCGAUCAGCUGCUGCGACCCGCGUGCCCCGGUAUGGCGACGCCGACCGACGACUCGAUGACGGCAGCCAUCUCGCUCGUCUCUCCGCCGGCCAAGUGCGGCGACAAGAUCCAGAUCAAGAAGGGCGACCAGUCGGUCGUGGUGACCGUCGUCGACUACUGCGCCGCGUGCACGCCCAACUGGAUCGACGUCACCAAGGGCGUCUUCCGCCACUUUGACGCCGUCUCUGCGGGCGUCAUCCAGGACAUGGAGUUCACCGUGCUCCCUUGA